AAAAAUUACGAAGAAAAUCGAAUGUGUUCAGAAAAAAUCACUGGGAGAAUCAAAAAAGUUCAAAACCAAGAGAAUCGAAAGAGUCCACAAAGACCUACUGAAAGAAUCAAAAAAACUCUUUUGAUUAUCUGGGAGAAUCAAAGAGUCUACAAAGAACCACCAGGGCCAUUACAUGAUAAUCGAAAAAGUCCACCACCAGGAGAAUUAAAAGAAUCCACUAUCAAAAGAAUCAAGAGUUUAAGAAUUACCGGUGAACUCUUUUGA